AUGGGUUUGGAGAAGAAGUUAGACGUCCCGGUCUAUGAUCUCUCUCUGAUUCGGGGGAUGUGGGAGGUCCGGGUGAAGAAAUAUCGACACAAGCAGAAGAAGGAACAGGAGAGGAAAGAACAGAGCGCUCUCGCCAAGAUCGACCAGCAGUGGCAGUAUCGCAUCUACUGUAAGACCCUGAAAGCCACUGAACGCAAUCUGCUGCAUCAUUACCUGGAAAGAUCUACACUGACUGAUAUACAGCCGCACAUUGGUAAAUAUAUAGAUAGGUAGGUAGACGACGCACACCCAGAUCAGAAAGUCCAGCAGGAUCAGAAGGACCCAGAUCCGAGCACGCUAAUCUUCCAGCUGGAUGGAGAACAAUGGACGGACUUCCCCAAGGAGCUGCAGUGGAUGACUUAUCUGAAGGAAUGGCAUGUCAGAGGGACAAAGAUCCGCCAGCUGCCUGACUACAUGGCUCUGUUCACCCAGCUCACCGUGCUUGAGUUCCCUAAGAAUGCCAUUACAGAGCUGCCACCUGAGAUUGGUAAACUGACGGAGCUGAGGCAGCUGAACGUCAGCUACAACCAUCUCUCCAGAGUUCCUCCAGAGCUAGGAAACUGUGAAAACCUGGAGAGACUCGAACUCACAGGAAACCACAACCUGUCAGAGCUGCCGUUUGAGCUGAGUGACCUGAAGCAGCUGGUUCACCUGGACAUAGCGGAGAACAAGUUUGUGUCUAUACCCAUCUGUGCUCUGAGGAUGAGCAGCCUGCAGGUGCUGGACCUGAGCAACAACCAUCUGACCGAUCUGCCACAAGACAUGGACAGGUUGGAGCAGCUGGUCUCUCUGUUCGUCCAUAAAAACAACCUGUCGUAUCUCCCUAAGUCUCUCACCAACGUCUCCACACUCAAGAUGAUAGUUGUCAGUGGCGAUGAGCUCACCUGCGUCCCGACCAAACUGUGCAGCAACCCUGACAUCAAGUUUAUCCGAUUGUACGACAACCCUGCAAGUGAAGAGAAGAAGAAGAAAGAAGAGGAGAAGAAGAAGGAGGAACAGAAGGACCAGAGAAGGAGGUGGAGAGAGAAGGAAGAGGAGGUGAAGAAGGACAGCAGUGAGAAAGAGUUCAUCGAGGCGUACAUCAACACGCUGCAGGACAGAGACACUGUCCCCCACUCCACAACAAAAGUCUCCAUCUCAUGCCUGCUGUGA